AUGUCCACUAAGUCAAAUGGUAUCUUGCCGGGGCUGUGGAGAUUGAGCAUUAUGCCCUUGCCUGAGUAUCCUACCGUCUUAGCCCCAAGACCUGGCGGAGCAACUGGAGCCACUACUCACCAGCGACAACAAUCUGGCAAUCGAAGAAAUUUGUUAGCGGCAACAACACCUAGACCCUACGACUAUAUUCCUCAAACCCCCUUUCGCAACCGUGCGGCCACCACAACUACUAAUACAAACAACAACAACCUUAACUCUCUUUAUCGUAUACAUCGUCGAUUUGGCCCCGGCCGUCUUUGGAAUCCUACUAAUUCAACCCCAAGAGUCUUAACUUCUCGACCGCAACGAACAGCACGGCCGUCCCAGCCAUCCCGCAAACGUCGCCCAUCCACGCCUCCGCCUCCUUCUGUGCCUGUCAACAACCCUACCAUUCAAGUCUCGUCGGAUGCGAACGAGGCUAUAGGUUUUGGAGCAGGCGAUUAUCCGCUUCUUCCUCUGCCCGAGCAAUCAAAGCGAGCCAGCCUAUCCAUCGAGGGUAGGACAAGUGGAGAUAAGAGGAUAAGUCUUCCUGCGUCGUUUCGGCACUCCUACGACGGCAAGCGCACUUCCAAUCCUCCAGCCCUGCAGGAAACUGAAGCUGGCCCGUCGGAACCUGCACCCAAGGCCGAAAAGUCCAUAACCACCGGACUGAGGAAGCGCGGCCAAAGCGUCACAAAACGGGCGCGAGCGAUAAGCUUCGGGCUCGUUCGAGCCGAAACUUCUGAAACUUCACCUAAGAAGAUUGACAAGGGAAAGGGAAAGGCCGUCAUGCCGCAGGUGGAGAAUGACGAUCCCGUGAGAUCAUUUUCUAAAGAUCUUGAGAGAGGACCCUCUGUCCUAAGUCGCCGGCAUAAUGGAUCGAAUUUGUCAUUGCCAGGUGGCAUUGGCUCGGCCAUAUCCUCAACGAACUCCUCUAUUAUGGGCGAUCCUGACCAACCGGACCUAGGCGAAGAAUGGGGUCCUCAGCAUCCGUGUUAUCCACACCUUAAUCCUCACGUGCCCAUAAAUUCCCCAGAGUAUGCGAAUACGCGGAUUAUACGGAUUCGAAGAGAUUGGUUACUUGAGGGAGAUUUGGCACCUGCGUUUUCCAACCUCUACCCCGAGAUACUGGAUCCUGCAGGUGUGUCGGAACAAGAGUUCCGCCGAGUCAUCGAAAAGCUCAAUGGAGAGCUAAUACCUAUAUUUAACCCUUAUAACUGGAGAAACAUUCUAGAUGGCAUAUUAGGUCUGCUUACCGGAUGGAUAUGGGACGACCUUGGCUUUACAUAUGUCAAAACAAGGCUGCGUCGCUUGGAUGCGUGGAUCGAUAAAUGGAAUGUGGAGAUGGAGAAAACAGGUUCAGACGAGAACGCUAUUCCUCCUAGGAUCAUUCCAUUGAGGCGUACGGGUUACAUGAAUCUCGACUUUCAAAUCUCGGAUCCCGAAAUCGCACCUGCGUCGACGGAGCCAUCGGGCUCAAGAUCAGGUCCAAAUAUGACCGAAUUCAAGCCAGAAAUGUCGCCAGAAUCUCCUACUGAAGCAUAA